GUGGGCCAAAUCAAGGCCUCUUAUAAUCAUGCCGGAUUAACUCGUUGUCUGGCAAGCGAGUUUUAUUUCUUCCUCGAGCAAAUAGAGGCAUGCAACUAUGCCGAUCGUCCAGAAUACGAUCUUCUGCGUAGCCUUAUCAAACAGGUGAUGAUACGCCACGAGAUACGUGCCGAUGACCCAUUUGAUUGGGAGCUCGAGCAGCCAAAUAAUCCCGAGCAACCCAACUCCAUUACUGGGCGUACUGGUCAAGGAAAAAUUGUCGGAAAGGUGAGUGUGUUUGUGAUAGGCCGACAAAUAAAAAAGGGGGAGGAUUCUGUGGGACAAAUGUAA